AAGUUUUACUCGGCCGAUGCGAGAUGGAUGCUCCUCUCACACACCUUACCCCACGCCUUGACACCUUAUUUAUUGGGUUUUAAAUUUUUUUGAUAUUUUAGAGAAUUAUAAAGGUUUCCGUUAAAAAAAAACAUGGCCUUCAAGGCGAGUACGUCUGCGUUGUAAACUCACAAAUAAACUUAAAAAAUAUUUUUUUUUGGAUUGAAGCUUUAUUUGAAAGGAUAACUCACUCGCUAUCUAAAAAUUGAGAAAGUUUUGUAAUAACACGAAAUUUCAUGAAGUGCGGAAAAUUUUUGAAAAUUGGAUGAAACUGUUCCUUUCACGAGUUUGGUCGUGUUUUAUUCUUCAUUCAAAUACCAAUGCAACAGUCGGUUUUAACUUUUCAAAAUUAUACUUCAAGUUUUUACAAGUGCAUAUGUAAAAGUGUUUUCUAUCUUCACACCUUCGAAAACAGCAAUAAUAAAUUAAAGCCGCGUGCAGCUAUCUUAUAGUUUGGUUCUCUGUAUUUUCAAAUAUCUUAAGUGUCACAUCAAAUUCAAUGAUAAUUUGGAAAUCACAGAAGAUCUUUAAUGUGUUUAUAGUCUCUAUGAACUCAUCAAUUACAAAUAUAUUUCUAGUCAGACUAUUCACACAAACCGCAGUUUUUAAUCAUCCAUAUCUUCUUCUCAUGGAAGUUCUAGCUAACGUCAAGUCAGACUUUCACAAGUAUGAGUUUUAUUUUGUCCAACAUUUUAUGCUCUUGAUGAACUCAAAUAUCAUUUCUCUUUAAACUAUAGUUUCAUAAGAUUCAGUAAUUUUGAUUCUGCAGUUCAGAUUCUAAAUUUAUCCGAAGAGAAAACCAAUUGAUCAAGUCUUUAUUCAAUUUCCGAGAAAACGUGGUUGAGCUUAACACAUUUUAGAAUUUGUAAACGUGUUGUUGUUUUUCAAAACCUCGCUAAUAAUUUCUCCCUAGUUACUCCCGUAAAGUAUUUUCUGGAAAAUUUGCAGGUUUAAUAGAGUUGGUUUGAAAUACUGCAAAUCAAAACACUUUUUAUAGAUUAAAUCAAUUUUGAUAAUGUUUUCUGUCACACAUAAUAAACUGCACUCGCAGAAUUUAAUAUUUAUUAUUUCAGAUUUUGCCAUGUCUAAUUUAAGUUGUGCUGCUCCAGAUGUUCUCGAGCGAUUGGAUAGUUUCAACAUGAAACUUUCCCAAUUUGUGGAUCUUUUAGCUAUAAUUCUAGCGUUUUUCGCUUCAUAUUUUGCCAUCAAAAUAGUAAUUAAUCAAUCAUUUUUCGAAUUAUCCACAAAAAUUCUUCUACUCCAAAAUUUAUUCUACACAAAUCUCUAUCAAAUCUCAUAUGGAAUCGAGGCAAUUGGGAUGCUCUACAGAGGAUUCUUUAUGCUCAGUGAGCCAUGCAGUAUAUUACAGUCUGAGACUUCAUGUGCGCCGUAUUUCAAAGUUCUAAUGAUUGGAACAAGUGGAAUGAUUUUUGGACAAACUGGUUUACUUAUUGAGAGAGCGUUUGCAACAUUUGCAACAACUUAUAAGACUAAAAAGAGUGUUUAUAUAGGGGUAUGUAUAUCAUUAAUAGUUCUAGUAUGCAGUACUUCAUCUGGAUUUAUCAUUCUUUGGGAUGAUCCGCUGGAAGGAUGGACUAUUGGAUGUUUUGCAGUUUCUAAGAGUGUUGUUCCCCGAUUCAACUUAUUUUCCAUAUUAUCCACUGUAUUAACACUUUUCAAUUUAAUUGUUUCAAUUUUUAUUCAGAGAUAUAACAAGCGAUUCGAAUUUGAAACACGCUUCAAAGUUGGAGCUCGAUUCCAGAAACAAGAACUCAUCGAAUCAACCGGAGCAAUUUGCUUUCUGGCUCUUUCUCAAUUUUUAUGGAUGUUCAUGUACUCGUUUGGAAUUCUGAUACUGCGAAUUAUCAGGGAAGAUAUUCUGCCAAGUACAUUUUAUUUUUGGAUUGCCUGGUGCUACACAAUGCCAUUUAUUGCCCUCAUGUUCCCCGUUCUCUUGAUCUACCGAAUUCGCAAAACCCGCGCUCGGCGGACAGAGAAAAUGAAAGGGAUAACUACUGAAAAGCAGACUCAAGAUGACCAUAUCAAACAGAUAAAUGCUAUGUGGACAUAGUUGAUGAGUCUGUUAUUGUAGUUAAUCUCACAUACCGGAAAAACGAAGCAGCAAGAGAAAAUUCGUGUUUCGUUACGAACAGUUGGGAGAAAAUAUUAUUAUAAUGCAAAUGUUUUCAACACAUUGUCAGCAUUUUCUAAUUACCUUUUUCAAACUAAAAAGUUUAUUCUCCAAUGUUUUUAAUGAAAAAUUUUACAAUGAAAA